CUGGGAGGGUCUAUCUCUUCCCCUGUUCUCUGUUCACUCUCUGCCUGCUUCCUGUCUGCUAGGCUAAGAGUCAGCCUCCUCUGCCUGGCCCCUCUGCCACGAAGCCCUGCCUUGCAGCCAGCUGACUUUGGACCGAGACCUCUACAAACUGUUUGUUGUCGCAAUCAAAGGCUCUACCACUUAUCCCAGAGAAUAAGAUCAAGGGUGGCAAGACCUACCAGACCUGAGGCCUCUCCUUUGCGCUCCCCGGCCUGCCAAAGGUGAAAAACCACAACUCCCACAAGUCUUUGCGGGCCCGGGGCGUGGUAGUUUCGCUGAUUGGUUGUUCUGCAGCUCCAAUCAAGCGAUAAUUGGCCAGCGGAAACCGGAGGCGUGACCCGGCGAGACGGGUGACUUCUGCUCUCAGGUCCAAGUACCCCGGGCGAACUCGAAGCGGGAGCUCCAGGGAAGCAUGGCUCUGUGGUAUCUUUGCGUGUUACUGCUAAAUGUCGCCACUGCCUCCAGGUCUCAGGGCCUGUGGGACAUGGAGCUACGGGAGACAUCGCGAAUCCCUUCUCACUUCUGCAGACGGGAGCGCAUCGCUAUGAUAGAGGCGCUACAAGGUGCCAUCCAGAUUCCAACAGUGUCUUUUAGCCAUGAGGAGUCCAACACCACGGCCCUGGCUGAGUUUGGAGAAUACAUUCAGAGAGUCUUUCCUACAGUGUUCCAAGCCAGCUUUAUCAAGCAUGAAGUUGUAGGAAACUACAGCCACCUAUUCACUGUGCAAGGCUCAGACCCCAGCUUGCAGCCCUACAUGCUGUUGGCUCACUUUGAUGUCGUGCCUGCCCCUGAGGAAGGCUGGGAGGUGCCACCAUUCUCCGGGCUGAAGCGUGAUGGCUUCAUCCAUGGUCGGGGCACGCUGGACAACAAGAACUCCGUCAUGGCGAUCCUGCAGGCCUUGGACCUCCUGCUGUUCAGAAACUACAUCCCACGGAGAUCCUUCUUUGUUGCGCUGGGUCACGAUGAAGAGGUAUCAGGGACAAAUGGGGCUCAGAAAAUCUCGGCACUGCUACAGGCCAGGGGCGUCCAGCUGGCUUUCAUUGUGGAUGAGGGCAGCUUCAUCUUGAAUGGUUUCCUUCCCAGCCUCAAAAAGUCCUUUGCCAUGAUUUCCGUCACAGAGAAGGGUGCAAUGGACCUCAUGCUUCAGGUAAAUAUGACUCCAAGCCACUCUUCAGCUCCUCCGAAGGAGACAAGCAUUGGCAUCCUGUCAGCUGCCAUUAGCCGACUGGAGCAGACCCCAAUGCCAAGCAUGUUUGGAACCGGGCAGUUGAAGACGAUGUUGCAGCAACUGGCAAGCGAGUUUCCCUUCCCUACCAAUAUAGUCUUGAGCAACCUGUGGCUGUUUCGGCCCAUCAUAAACAGGUUCUUGGAGAAAAAUCCCAUAACCAACGCACUGGUCAGGACCACUAUGGCACCCACCAUGUUCCACGCGGGGGUCAAGGUAAAUGUCAUCCCACCGGUGGCCCGGGCCAUAAUCAACUUCCGGAUUCACCCUUCACAGACAGUCCGUGAGGUCCUAGAACUCGCCAAGAACAUUGUGGCUGAUGACCGAGUGCAGUUCCAGGUGCUAAGAGCCUUUGACCCUCUUCCCAUCAGUCCCUCUGAUGACCAGGCCUUGGGCUACCAGCUGCUCCGCCAGACCAUACAGUCCGUCUUCCCGGAAGUCAAUGUUGUUGUCCCAGGAACUUGUAUUGGCAAUACAGACAGCAGACACUACGCAAACCUCACCAAUGGCAUCUAUCUGUUCAAUCCCGUCUCUCUGCAGCCUGAGGACUUCAGCAGCAUUCACGGAGUCAAUGAGAAGAUCUCAAUCCGAGACUACGAGACCCAGGUGAAAUUCAUCUUUGAGUUCAUCCAGAAUGCUGACACGGAAUUGGAGGGGAUGCCAGACCCCCCUCACCUGCAUGAUCUGUGAGGUCGAGGGCCAAGCUGGGUGAGGGUGCCGAACCCCCAAGGGAAAGCCAGUGCCGAUCAUGGUUUUGACCAAAGCCACAUUUUGCUAUAUUGCUGGCCUGCCUAGGUCACCCCUAAGCGCAUCCAAAAGCAAGGCCUGGAGAAAGGGAAGACAGCGGAACUCUGGCUUCUCCCUGCCCUUCCUCCCACUGUCUGCAUCCUUCCACUGACUGGCACUCACUGCCUUCUUGUUCCUCCACUUAGAAAGAUGCCAUCUGUCUUACGCUAAUUAUUCAACUGCGCCACCCUUUGAGCCUGACAACAAAUGCAGUGUUUAAAAAGCUCAACCAGGUUUUUGCUGAUAAAAGUGUUCAUUUAGGGGCUUUAGUGCCCUUUUCAAGGUU